AUGCUACGACGCCCGAGCGGUUCCAACGUGGGGGCGAACAAAGCAGGACCGCGCGCGCUGCCGCCGAUUUUAAAGCCCGCCCCGGUGAAGCUCUUCACGCUAACCCGGUCCUCCAACGCGCAGGAGGCGAUACGGGAUACCUACGCGAGCUACGUCGACGAUAAGAUUUAUCAGGAGCGGCUGAACGCCCGCUCCCUGCCCCCUGCGGACUCCCGAUCCACUAGUCAUCCAAAGCCCACGCGAAGGGGGUUGUAA